UCACUUGACUGGCGAGUCCCGCCUGAAUGCGAAGUGUAAGUGAAGUGGCCUACAGACCUACAUAAUCCAAUCGUUCAAAUUUGUAUUGCGUAACGGCGUAACGAAGGAUCUGCGGCGAGUGCUGGACCUCAGAGGACGUGUGUGAAAGUGCGUCGAUGUGGGGACGUGAAGGUCGCGGGGGAACAGUGCGUCUGCGUGGUGUAGGGACAUGCACGAAGACGCCACCACGGCCAGGGGCAGCCAGGACAGCCUCGUCCGCAGCAGCAGCUACCACCGCCGCAGCAGCAUGAGCUCAGCCGCCUCCCCCUCCGCCUCCCCGCUCGAGCCCGAGCUCGAGUCCGACCCAGCUGACACGGUCGAGCUCCAGGUUGCCUUCUCGUCGUCCAGCAACUCAGGCGACCAGAGCCGGGUGGAGCUGGGCGUCCCGGGCGGCGGCGCGGUGGGCCUGGAGCACGGCCUGGAGCACGACGACAUCGAGCUGGAGGGCGACGAGCGCGUCCUGGAGCUCAUCGUGGACUCAGACUUUGCCGAGAGCGAUGCGGGCCAACCCUCCACUCAAGACUACCCGGCCGGCGCCGUGCGCCCCGACCUGCCGGACACCAAGGAGGGCAUCGAGGAGCUGUGCCCCGUGUGCGGCGACAAAGUGUCUGGAUACCACUACGGCCUGCUCACGUGCGAGUCGUGCAAGGGCUUCUUCAAGCGCACCGUCCAGAACAAGAAGGUGUACACGUGCGUGGCCGACCGGUCGUGCCACAUCGACAAGACGCAGCGCAAGCGCUGUCCGUUCUGCCGCUUCCAGAAGUGCCUCGAGGUCGGCAUGAAGCUGGAAGCGGUGCGAGCGGACCGGAUGCGCGGCGGGAGGAACAAGUUCGGCCCCAUGUACAAGCGGGACCGGGCGCGGAAACUGCAGAUGAUGAGGCAGCGGCAGAUCGCCGUGCAGACCAUCCGGGGCCACGGCAGCUCGCUGUCCAACUCGCUGUCCAGCCAGGGCAACCAGGGCCUGUCCGAGUCGGGGCUGUCGUACCCGCAGUCGUCGGCGCAGUCCUUCGCCUCGCUGCACAUCAAGCAGGAGAUCCAGAUCCCCCAAGUGUCCUCGCUCACCUCCUCGCCCGACUCGUCGCCCAGCCCCAUCGCUGUGGCGCUCGGUCAGGCGUCGGCGUCGGCGUCCGGCGGCGUCUCGGCGCCCCCGGGCCUCCAGCUCGCCGCCCCCACCUCCGCCCCCGGCUCAACGGCCGCCUCCACGGCCACCAGCCUGGCCGCCACCUCGGACCACAAGCUCUGGGGCGGCGGCACGGGCGGCGGCGGCACCGGCGGCGGCAACACGCCGUCCAGAGACCUCCUCGACGGGCUCAUGGGCUCCACCUCGCCGACGGCGACCACCACCAAGAUGACGCCGAUGAUGAGGGACCUGGUGCAGUCAGUGGAUGACCGGGAGUGGCAGAACUCGCUGUUUGGUCUGCUUCAGAACCAGACUUACAACCAGUGCGAGGUGGACCUCUUUGAACUCAUGUGCAAAGUGCUGGACCAGAACCUCUUCUCGCAAGUAGACUGGGCGAGAAAUUCAGUCUUCUUCAAGGACCUCAAGGUUGAUGACCAGAUGAAACUACUCCAGUACUCAUGGUCAGACAUGCUGGUGCUAGAUCAUCUCCACCAACGGCUCCAUAACCAACUCCCAGAUGAGACAACGCUUCCCAAUGGACAGAAGUUCGAUCUGCUUUGUCUAGGCCUUCUGGGAGUGGCAUCUUUGGCGGAUCAGUUCGCUGCAUUGGCGCACCAAUUCGCUCUCCUCAAAUUCGAUAUCUCGGAUUACAUCUGUUUGAAGUUUCUGCUUCUGCUCAACCCUGAUGUCAGAGGGAUAAUGAAUCGAAAGCACGUACAGGAGGGCCAGACCCAGGUGAAAACAGCACUCCUGGACUACACUAUGACGAAUUAUCCACAACUUCAGGAUAAGUUCAACAGACUACUACAGCUCCUACCAGACAUUCAUGAGAUGGCAGCCCGAGGAGAGGACCACCUAUAUCAGAAGCAUUGUUCGGGCGGAGCACCAACACAAACUCUACUAAUGGAAAUGCUACAUGCGAAGCGCAAGUAGUGUUAAUGUUACCAAUUACCUGCCCAACACGAGAGAAGAGUGCACUGCCAUGAGUUGUAGUGGCAUGAGCUUGAGAGGGCUGGGCCCUCCAAAUCCUGCCACACACCUCAAUCCCACACCAAGGAAAGAUGAGGACAUCAGAUUCGAAAAGCCUUGCAACAUGUCAUGGGCAUCUUAGUCAACUUCAGGAUGUUCCCAUUUUAUGUUAAUACAGUCAAGUUAUAGUUAUAACUUUUAAAAGAUUAUUAUUUAUGUGACUUUAGUGAUCAUAUUUUUUUUUUUUACUCAAUUCUGCGGUGUAUGGCAUGUGCAGUCUAAUGGUAAACAUCACAUAAAGUGCCCUGUAGAGAACUCUCGGAUGUUGCAAAUGUACCUAACACAGUGCGGCUCCUGGCCCACACAUGUUUGUUACCUCUGUACAGCUUAACAUAGUGAAUAAUAUAAGUAAAUUAGGACAUUAUUCUAUUUUGUAAAAAGAUUAUCUAUGCAUUAUCCUUGCACUUACUGUGAAAUAUUGUGAAAUUAUUAAGGCAUGUUUUCUGUUGUUUUUUUUUUCUUUCCCAAAGGAACAAGUUAUUAUGCUAUUUAAGAAAAGCUGUGGAUUAUGUGCAAUAUGUUAAAAAUAGUUUGGUAUCGAGUCCUAUUUGUUAAGUAAAGUUUUGACAACACAGAAAAUUCUAUUUAUUGGCUUGUUUUUGUUGCUGAAAAUGUUAAUACCUUUGUUAGUCAGUUGGUUGUGUCCAUGUCUUGUGAAAUACCUCUGUAAAAACCAUGUUGAAAUUUAAGAAGAGUGACCAAUAUUUUUGUUGAUAGAAGAUUAAAUACUGGUUUAAGUUACACAAUAAUAUAUAUAUUUGUUUUAUUUUUUUAUGAAUGUAAAUUGGAUACCUUCCUGUAAUUCUUAAUAUUGUGACAAUUAGCUGCCUUCAAAAAAGUACAAAACUGGAAAAGUGUGGUAGAAUUUGCUACCUCAGAAUGGUUCACUUCUUCACUAUACAUGUUAUUAUUGUUACUUAGAUUUGGCACAUUUUGUGUUGUAUCUACACAUUCCGGCGGCCGUCCCGCACAGUAAUGAUGUACAUUUGGAUGUAUGGUUUGUACAUACAGUGUAUUCUGUGUGUACCUCACAUUUUGUAAAGUUAGGGUUGCUUGAUGCUUGUUUACAGAUCAAUAUUUACAGGACACUUCUGUUCAUAUUAGUUAAUUUAAUUUUUUGAUAUUGUCUUUGUACGUAGCUGCAUUUUUUUGCUUUUCUCAUGCUUCUUGUAUAGGCUCAAAAUUUCAGUCAACCAGAAAUUUUAUUUAUUUUUUCUUCCCUACAUUCCAUUCUUUCGCUUGAUUUUGUUUGUUUCAUUCCCAAAAGAGCUGCUGCCGUGUGCCGGUGUGGGAAUCUUCCUUGACUAAUGUAUCUGAGAAGUAUAUAAAAGAGCUAACUUGUCUAUUUUUGUUAUUAUAGUUAACUUCUUAUAGAACAAAAUCGGGCAUGGUGAUGGAAUUAAAUACUAAAAGAUGUAUAGUUUUGUAGAGCAACAGAGCAUUGUGCCUACUUUGUUUAUAUCUACAAUGUACUGUAGAAUAGAGGUGUUGUGUAAACACAUCACAGGAAGGAGGGCAGGAGGGAUCAAACUUAUGCAUAUGUUGUGCAUGCAAGUGUUACCAGCCGGUUGGGCGUUGUGAUAAUCCCAGCCCAGCCUCCACACUGUACAUACUAUAUUCAUUGCGAAAUGUUUCUCCCAGAUUACGAAAAACCAGAACCUGACUUUGAUGUGUUGAUACCGAGACCGAGACUCACCAUUUUUGUCAACAUGAAUGACUUGAAGUACAAUUGAUAUUAUUGGCUGUAUAAUUUUUUUCUUCAUGUAUUGAAGCACUGGUUCAAUCAAAUCACCUCUGAAAUUUUAUUAAACAUUGCGCAAUGGCGAGCUUCUCAAAAUGAGCUGUGAAAGUGAAUGGUCCAGACAUUGAUUUGUUUUAUGGUUUAGAUAUACUUCUUUAAGGCAGCCUCUCAUAUGUUUUUCAGAACUAAUGCCUUUACUGCCAUUGAAGUUUCUCUUUUCGAGUAAAUUUGACCUGAUGGACCAGAUUGGCCUUAUGAGCAUGGUGUUGAGGCUGUUGUUAUUGUAGAUUUUUGAAAUGAUGUGAUGUGUGAAGUAGUGAGCAGCAUCCAAUGAGAGGCACAAUGUGCUAAAAUCUGCUGCUCCUACUCUCAAUGCUCAAGAUUGUAGCUUAGCUGGAAAAAUGAGAUUUGUAUUGUUAGGUUUGAGUUUUGUACUGAGGGCACUGUCCCUUGCGCACACAAGGAACCAGUACAAAUGAGCGCUGUGAAGGACCCAGGAAUGGAUCACUUGUUUUGCCUAAGAAGCUCCAACGAAUUACCAAUUUAAUCAUACGUUAAAUUCAUAUUUUCAUUCACCUAUGGCUGUUCUUAAUUUUGAAGAGGCUGUAUUAAUGUUAAAUUUUUCUUUUGAAGGCUAUUUUAUGUAUAGAAAGCAAAUGUGUUGGUGUAGAUUCUUUAUGGUGGCUGUUGUACUACCAGUCAUAUGGCUGAUAAUACUACAGCCUCUAUGCUCUUAAUUAAUGGUACUAAAGUUUACUUAAAUUUCAUUGUGUUCACUGCCAAACCCAAGUUUAUGAUUAGGCUGUUAUAUAGAAAUGUAAAGUUUGAAUGAACCGUUUGCCGGAUUAACGACUCAUUCAUUAUGUCUAUUUUCCAGUGAUUCUUAAAAUAGCUUUGUAUAAAUCAUAGAGGAAAUAUAUUUGUUGUUGGCACUCAGAGCCACUAUUUUGUAAAAAAAAGAUUAUUGAAAAGCUAAUGUUAGAGUAUGAAAUUACUAAGAAAGGUGUAUAAAAUAUUAUUUUCCUCAUCUAUUAAAAAUUGUGUACAGAUAAUAUUGUCACGUGAAGUAAGUUUCAUGGCAAUUUGUUAUUUUUGUUGUAAUUCUCAAAACUUUGGCACAGUUAUUUUAAAGACCCAAGUAAAAGUGUUUCACUGUUAAUAGAUAUGCCUUCCACUCAUUAUACAUCCUCAUUUAUUUGAUCUGAUUAUAGCUAUUUUUUUUUUUUUUAAUUCAUGGGACAUUUCUUUCUUGAGCAAAAGUUUUCACUUUCUGAAGAGACAUUUAUGUUACCUCAUUACAAUCCACAUCAAGUCACCUACACUCUGUGCUGUAAUGUAUAUUGCUACAUUUGUACAAAAAAAGCAGUAUCCGUUGUAAGGAUAUCAACGUUUUAAAUAAAAACAUGUGUUGUUACAUGUUGGAUGUGAUACAAACCCUCA